CUUUGAUUUUAAAACUUGCUUUUGCUCCUUGCUUGAAAAGUAAAUGAAAGUAAUGAAAUAAGAAUUGAAGAUAUUAUUGAAUUUUAUAUAAAUCAUUUGAACCUACAUUAGCAGAUCUGCAUAUUAGUUGUAAAGUAAAUAUUUUAGUUAUGUCAUACCAAUUGUACAGAAAUACUACAAUCGGGAAUACGCUUCAAGAAAGCCUUGAUGAACUAAUACAAUAUGGCCAAAUAACUCCCAAUCUAGCAAUUAAAGUUUUAUUACAGUUUGAUAAAUCUAUUAACCAAGCACUUUCAAACAGAGUUAAGUCUAGGCUUACAUUUAAAGCUGGAAAAUUGAAUACAUACAGGUUUUGUGAUAAUGUGUGGACAUUCAUGUUAAAUGAUGUGGAGUUCAGGGAAGUUCAAGAAAUAGCCAAAGUGGAUAAAGUGAAAAUUGUUGCUUGCGAUGGUAAAAAUGUUGAUGAUAGAAGAUAAUUAUAAAUAUGGACAAAGACAGUUACUAUUUUUGUAUUUGGCAUGGUGGACAAUUUUGCUUGAACUACUUGAGCAAAUUUCUUGACCUUAUGAUGACGCAUGCACUGAUUAAAUGAUUUACAUAACUUA